AUGAGCCAAUUGCAUAGAUAUGCAGUUUUACUUACAUUGUGCUUAAAUCCUUUUGCUCAAGGACGUUCAUAUGGACUAGAGCCGGAUGUAGAAUGUUCCAGAUUUGCUUGUGAGUAUCGGGUCAUUGAAAAACUAAUCAGUCUUCAAAAUGAGAACGCACGGCUUGAGGAGAGAAUCAAGAAACUUGAACAAAAUAAACACACUGCGGUAUCGGCGUAUGUUCGUCUAUCCAAGACAAUACCACUUGGCAACUCGGAAAGGGUCAUGUAUGACAUAGCUGUGACCAAUGUGGGCGAUGCCUACGAUUUUCAAAAGGGACAAUUUACCGCACCUGUAUCCGGCAUUUAUCUAGUCCAUCUUUCCGCUUGUUUGGGUAAUGGCGGACAGUGGAUGAAUCUGAAUAUUGUACAUGAUGGGGCUGUGAUAGGGAAACUGCGUUCUGGAGACAGUGCUUAUGUUACUUGUACAUCAAACAGUAUAAGUAUCCAUUUGAAUGUUGAGGAUAAUGUUUGGAUUGAACGGGACGAUGGUUCGUCUACAGGCUUGAACGAGGAUCAUGGAUGGAAUUCUUUCACAGCUUCGCUCAUACAUGCAGAUUGA